GGGAAACCUGUAGGUUUAACGUUACUGAAAUGGGAGAGAGAGAGAAAAAAGGAUAAGGAGGAGAAGGAAAGGAAGCGAGCAAGGCGAUUCAUCAGCACUCUGUACGUUCACACCAGGUUUGCAUUCUGAGCUGCAGGCCAAUGUAAGUCGUGUUGAGUGACUGCGUGUGAAAGAGGUAUACAAGCACAGUUCAUUAUAUUUUUUUACUUCUCGGGAUCAUUUAAGGAAAUGGGCUUUUAAGGGCUGAUUGGUCGUCAAGAAUGUAUUUUUGUGCUGUCCGACUGCAACAACUGUUGCACAACAAUGCAUUCUUGACUCAGCUUGCAUGGAGGAUGCUGGGAUAACAUCUUCACUCAUGAGGGCUUUUUCUCUGGUGAGCUCAGGGACCAUCACCAUCCUAAUGUCCAAUGGAGGAGGCUUUUACGGACGCACUGAGCGUGUGCGUCAGUCGCCGUACUAUGACCAGGUACCGCCGGGCUCCUUACCGCGAGCCGACUCCAGCGACCUGCUGCCGCUGAGGGAGCAGAGAGCAACUCACCUCGCCCAGAGCGCAGACCCGCUCCCUCCUCCGCCUCUGCCGGACCAGCCUCCCGUGGGGCCCGAGUUGUAUCCCAGCGGCAGCGAGGACACCACAGACCCGGACCACGACCCCGCCCUGGACAUCAAACCGGUCCACCGCUUCAUCCCGGACUCCUGGAAGAACUUAUUCAGAGGAAGUAGCCGCAGCAGUAAAAAGGCGUGGUCUAUGCCUGGCUCCUCGUCUAACAACAACAACAACAGCGCCACCAGCGAGGGAGUUCGCUGCUCUCCUCCACAUUCCCCCUCCGUUCCUGGAUCGUACCGGGACCCGUAUGGCGGCUCAGGCGGCAGCCACAACUCGCACAAGGAGCUUCUGGACGCCCAUGAGUCCGUGUCAGGGCAAACCUACCGCACAGCUCUGACCUACAGCGAGCGGGUGGAGGAGUAUCAUAUGCGCUACGACUACAUGAAGUCCUGGGCCGGACUGCUGAGGAUUCUGGGAUGUGUGGAGCUCUUGCUGGGAGCAGCUGUGUUCGCCUGCGUCUGUGCUUACAUCCACAAAGACAACGAGUGGUUCAACAUGUUUGGAUACUCGUCUCCCGGAGGAGGGUACGGCGCAGGAGGGUACGGCGGAGGGUACGGAGGUGUGACAGGGGGGUCCUACUACUCAGGCCCCAAGACCCCGUUUGUGUUGGUGGUGGCGGGGCUGGCCUGGUUGGUGACUGUGAUAAUGUUAGUGCUGGGGAUGACCAUGUACUACCGCACCAUCCUGCUGGACUCCUCCUGGUGGCCUCUGACUGAGUUCACCAUAAACCUGGCGCUGGCAGUGCUGUACAUGGGAGCAGGCAUCGCCUAUGUCCGAGACACAACCCGCGGAGGGCUCUGCUCCUACCCGGUCUUCAACAAUGGCAUCAAUGGGGCGUUCUGCAGAACAGAAGCAGGCCAGACUGCUGCCAUUAUCUUCCUGUUUGUCACUCUGCUUUUGUAUCUGAUCGGAGCCUUGGUGAGUCUCAAGCUGUGGAGACAUGAAGCUGCUCGCAGAUACCGGGAGAAGCACGGCCUUGAGAUGCGUCCCUCCGACUUGCGAGCGACACAAUCAUUGAUUCCAGUGUCGGCUUCUGCAGCCAGAGCUCCUGAACAUAUCCAAGACUCCUCGGUCAUUCCCAUCCAGGCUGCUCCAAAAGCAGUUCCACCACACAUUUUGCAGGGAGCUAUACCAUCAGGACACAUUCCAAAACCUGUUAUUGUGCCUGACUACAUCAGCAAGUACCCGACGAUCCGGUCAGACGAGGAGCGGGACCAGUACCGAGCCGUCUUCAACGACCAGUACUCAGAGUACAAAGAAAUCCACUCGGAGGUGCAGGCUACCCUCAAGAAGUUCGAUGAGAUGGACGCCAUAAUGCGCAGUCUACCCCAGAACCCCACCAGCCAGAUGGAGGUUGAUCGCAUUAACAAAAUCCUUCAGGACUACCAGAGGAAGAAAAAUGACCCGACUUUCCUCGAGAAGAAGGAGCGCUGCGAGUACCUGAAGAGCAAACUGUCGCACAUCAAAAAGAAGAUCCAAGAAUACGAUAAAGUGAUGGAGUGGAACGACGGAUUCGGCUAAAGCUCUGAGGCGUCUCUACCCUGCUACACCGCUGAUCACUAAUGCAGAACUAUUUCUGACAGCUGAGCACUACUGGUGGUGGAAACGACAUUUUAACUGGAGAGUAAACAGGAUGUUUCUGGAUCCGUGCUGCA